GCCACCAAAACAGUGGCAGGAAUUUGUCAGCUCGGUCCAAAACUGGGUUUCAUGGAUCCGCUGUGUCUUUGAGGCGCCAUCUCGGCUUUUCGGAUCUUUAAGAUCCGACUAUGGUGCGGCACUUCGGACCAAUUUGUGCUUUUGCGUUAAAAUAUGGCAUUUGAAUCCAUCUUCGUCAGCAGUUGGUAGUUAGCUGUAAACGUUGGCUUGCAGGAAAGCACUAUGCAAAGAUCAGUUUAGCAAAAAUAAAGUUUCUGCAAAGGGCAACUAAUGGAGCAUACACUACUUAUUAUAAACCUGAUAGUAUUUAACUCCGAUUAUUACUGAUAUUACUCAUGGCUUGUAGUUCUAGCUCCAAUGCAAAAAUGUCCAAUCCAAAUGUCAGCACACCGGCGAUGGCGGUGACACCAGACGCCGUGGAUCAGAAGACAAGCCCGGUGGUAUUUGAGAUUUACGGAAAGAUCUGGAACGUGCAGGCUCGUCUGGGGCAGGGCGUCUCGGCCUCGGUGUACCGGGUGAACUCCGGCCGGGCGAGUUCUGCAGUGAAGGAGUUUCAGGUGGACGCGCAGGGUGGAGAUUACGGGUAUCUCAAGGAAAGCUCUGUGCUGGAGAAGAUUCAGGGACAUAAAAAUAUAGUGACGCUGUAUGGAAUGUUCACCAAUCACAACCCAUUUGGUGUGGCCACUCAUUGUCUGUUGUUGGAGCUUUUGGAUGUGAGUGUGUCAGAAUUGCUGGUCAGGGUGAGUAAUCAGGGGCAUUCCAUGUGGUUGAUUCAGCACUGUGCCCGUGAUGUUUUGGAGGCCCUUAGCUUCCUGCACAGAGAAGGUUACGUACAUGCUGACCUCAAGCCCCGCAACAUUCUCUGGAGCGCUGAUGACGAGUGCUUUAAGCUCAUUGACUUCGGCCUUAGCUUUAAAGACGGACACCAGGAUGUGAAAUACAUCCAGACAGAUGGAUACCGGGCACCUGAAGCCGAGCUGCAGAACUCACUGGCCAAGGCAGGUCUAGAGAGCGACUCUGGCUGCACAACUGCUGUGGACCUGUGGAGUCUGGGAAUCGUUCUUCUGGAGAUGUUCUCAGGAAUCAAACUGAAAGAAACUGUGAAGUCUCAGGAAUGGAAGGAUAACAGUUCUGCAAUAGUAGACCAUAUCUUUUCAAGCAAUGCGUUGGUUUACCCGGCUAUCCCUGUUUUUCAUUUGCGGGAUCUGAUCAAAAGUAUGCUUCACAAUGACCCUAAACUGAGAAGCACAGCUGAGUCAGCAUUAAACAACCCUUUCUUCAGCAUUCCCUUUGCACCUCAUAUUGAAGAUUUGGUUCUUUUGCCUACACCUGUCUUGAGACUACUAAACGUGAUCGACGACAACCACCUGUAUAAUGAGGAUGAUUAUGAAGAUAUAAUAGAGGACAUGAAAGAAGAAUGUCAGAAGUAUGGCACGGUUGUAUCCUUAUUGAUCCCAAAAGAGAAUCCUGGCAAGGGACAGGUGUUUGUGGAGUAUGCAAAUGCUGGAGACUCCAAAGAAGCCCAGAGACUGCUGACAGGCCGAACGUUUGAUGGCAAGUUUGUGGUCACUACGUUUUAUCCACUUAGUGCCUAUAAGAGAGGUUACUUAUACCAAACUGUGCAGUAAGGCUGCACACACACCUCCAUACACAAGAUGUAAAUUACAAUCAUGUUACUGGUUUAAAACCCUUGAUCUGUGUAUUACUCUGUUGUGCUACCUUUAAUAUUUACGUGUGUCACUAAGAGCAACAUUGUUGUGAAUAUAGGCACACAUGCAAUUUAACUUGAGUGUAACAAGGAGAAAAGAUUUAGUGCCUGCUUCCUACUUCCUUUUUUACUAAAUGAUAACAACAUAAGACAAUUAUAUUUACUGUGUGAUAGCUGGUUGCCAGACAUUCAAUAUGUAUGCUUCCAUACUUUUUCAUUUUGAUUUUUUUUUUUUUUGCAGUGGAAUUGAUACACUGCUUUGGUUUACACUGCCUUCUAAAUAACAGAUCACUUCAGAGACUAGGUUUACAUGCUCUUUGAAUGUCUACAAUUCCAAAAAUGUGUAGUUUAUGUGGCCUGUUUUCUUCCGUUCUUUUUUCCGUUGUUGGGUUUGGUGAAGGUAUGUAGGUAUUUCCAGUAAUUAUGCACAUAUUUAUAAACUACUGGCAAAAUUCACUGGCCUGCAUGCACUGUGGCGUGGUUAACAUUUAUGUUCAACUUCACCAUGAAAGCUGUUUAACCGCAUUUAAACUGAAGAUGGAAAUCUGCAGAGAGCACAAAUACGACAGAGCGGCUAGCCUUGUGCUAUAGAUCAUUCUUAAGUGACUUUUUUUUUUGCUUAUUCAGGGUUGACUGGAAUGAGACUCCAUGUCUAACACAAAAGCCACAAUCUGUCUCAUCCAAAACCUCUCUGGAUAUGUUUAUUGAACAAUAUGCUUUUAAGUAUAUUGUUUAAAUAUAUAUUGUGUCUGAGAACUCAUCAAAAACAUAUCAAGUGGACUUCUUUGGAAAAUACUCAAGGGUUAAAAUGUGUGGUACUGUAUUUUGUGCAAAGCAAUGUAACUCAUACCUUCAUAGCACAUAUGUGAAGAUUCAUGAGCAAAUAUUCUACUAUGUAUUUUCAUUAAGCUGGACUGCCCUGACACAUUGAUAAAUAAUGCUGUUAUUGUGAGAAUCACUUACUUUACUAUCUAAGAUGCAGUAACACAAAUGAGUUUCAGAAAGGCUUUUACCUAUUGUUAAAGCUGAAAUGCUUUCUACAGACACGUUCAAGUCAAUUGUGUCAGCUAUUUGAACGGAUUUUACUAUCUGUACAAUAAUGGUGAGGGAUUUUGAAGUCGUAAUAUUAUUUAAAGGCUUUUCCAGUUGUGAUAGGUAUAGGUAUAUUCCUGGUAUCAUAGUGUUUUCCAAUCAGUUUGUCUGUGAUUGCAUGAAGGGAGUCUUUAAUAGUACUACAGAGCUUCCUGACACUUGAGCAGUUGUUCGUAUCGUCUGAUGGUUUGUCAGUCAUCCAGGUUGAUUGUUUUUCUUUCUACUGUCCAGUGAAUGCCAUAAAGUCAGUUUUCUCUGUCCUGCAGUCUAGAAACAUGAUUAUUCACUUCCAGGGCAGUGAGCUCUAAUAUGAUUAGUGUACAAGACUGUGUGAGGAAAGAACAGUUGAAGUUGAAGUUUAAACUUAAAACGUCCUUAAAAAAAAAAAAAACUCUAGAUGGGGUGUGGAUUAGAUGGCAUUGUGGCAAAUAGUUUUUUUUUUUUUUUGAUGGGAAUGUUUUAGGAGUGUUAUUGUAGGAAAAGGGCACUUUGGUUGAACUGAUUUGCAUUUCCUGAGUGUGUGUCAUUCCAGAUUUACUUAAAUUCUUGCUCUGAGCAUUGGAAAGAAAGUGUGAUAGAUCUAGAUUUUAUACACUUAUGUGUAUCUCUCUCCCUCUCACUCUUGCUCAUUAAUGGUGAUGACAUUUGAGAGAAUUGUGGAGAUGUUGAGCAAGAGAUCUUUUAGUAUCCUGCUCAUAUGAAUCUGGUCUGCUGCCACUGGACUAGGCAUCUCACAAUAAAAAAAUAGUGAAUUUUACAUAAAUGUGACUAUAGUAAGUUUAAGUGCAUCUUCUGUCUGUGAGCCAUCCUUACUUUAAUUUAGCCUGCUGUUAAUAUAAAUCCACAAUAAAAUUCCAAAUUUAUCAACUACUUUUUCCUCAAGCAAUAUCAUCAAAGAUGCUCAAAUAGAGCCCCGAGGCCCCUUCUAACACUUUUGAAAAGCACAAAAGAUUUAUUUUCAUAACUAACUAUUGCAUAGAACCUGGGAUGGGUGUCUGUCAGGGAUCAUUUCAUGCUGCCUUAAUUUUUUUUUUUUGUGUGUGUGUUUUUUUUUUUGUAUGCUGUAAUAAUGUCAUAGUCAGUACAUGCUAGACCAUGAGAAAAGUGCCAAAUUUUUUUUCAAAAGCCUUCCCCCCCCCCCCACCAGCAACCCUGGAGAAAUACCCAAGACUGCAGGGAAGCCAUAUAUAUAUAUAUACACGUUUAUCUUGAAAUGCAUUUAGCCUAAAUGCCUUUACAUGUGUCCGGGAACAUUAAAAUCUGUUCCAGUUGGAUGCCAGAGAUCAUAUGAACAGUAAAGCACAGUGCUGGAGUUUGGCUGGCCUUUGUGUUUGUGCAGUGAGUAAUGAGCCUAACAAGAGAAAACACUGUAGGGUGUAACCACAGAUAGACAUGGGAGUGAAAUGCUCUUUGGACCUUAAUAACUCGAGAAAGGUUGGAGAACUAAAUGGCAUCUUGAAUGGUGAGAAAGAUUUUGAGUUGGUGACUAGAAAGGACAUACUGAAAUUCUAGUCAGUAAUAGAGAAAAUACAUGCAAACAUCCUUGUCUUUUACCUACAUAUUUAUGAUCAUAAUUUCCUUUGCAACCCUCUUUAAAUAUGUAUUGGCUGCUUUAUUGGUUUCAAUAUUGCAAUAAAGAAACUAAAGUCAUACAUAUCACACAUAUCUCAUAGCAGGCAUAUGACCUUUGAAGGAAAGGGGUAAGAACUCACCUGACAGUACAGUCAUUUAAAGUGUGAACUUAUAAGGCAGCAAGGUGAUAAGCUGACAUGAAUCAUGGAUAGAUAAUAAAAUAUAAGGGUUAUAGGUCAGAAACUGAAUAUGUGGCUUUGCUAAGGUGAAAAACAAACAAGAAAGUCUUGUAUUAUUGAAAUCGGGUCAACUUUUUUUUGUACUGCAUUAGGUUAAAGGAUCAGAGGUUAAGACGAUUCUUCAAAUCACUUGGUAAUCUGAAAGCUGAGUAAACAGACAACAGAAGUGAGUUCAUGUGUGAUCUACUGUUUGCAGUGAAAAGUCAUGGUAACAUGCUGACUUCACAAAGGCAUAUAAUGCAUAUAGUGGGCUACCAUGAUCAAAAGGUUUGUAGAAAUAGUGUUUACAGUACAUUUGUGGUACACAAGUGCAUUACAGUGGUUGAAAUGCAGGGUUUAUAGUAUCAAAGCAGUAAGGAUAACGAUGGGAAUUGUGAUGAAAUGUCUCUCAUUGUUUUGUAUGCAGAUUCUAUUUAUGAUGCUUCCCUUUAAAACAUGCUUUUCAACUGUGAAAAUUCCCUCCAAAGCUUUUAAAACAGUUUUACAGUCUGACACGUCCAGUCCGAAGGAUAUUCUUUGAUAGAUUAUGUAAAUCUGGUACGGUGAAGUCUAUAAGUCUACAAUUUGAUAACAGGAGAUUAAAAUGAAUAUAUUCAAUAGUUAAGGUAAAUAAUAAUUGAAUUUUACAUUGGAGGUGUGGUGCUGGUGGCCUACAUUACCAUUAUUUUGCUCCAUAUUCAGACAAUCAUGUGUUCUUGUAUAACCUUCCUCGUUUCAAUCUUGUGUGAUUGGGCGAAAGAUAAUUCUUUGUGACGCUCUGCCUUAAAGUCCACAUAAUAUGUGGCAGGGAAAACAAACCUAAACUUGAAUUUGAACAUGCUACGAAGUAUAAAAAUGAUCUUAACAUUGAGGAUGAGUGUUUUCUGUAUUAGUUGGAGUAAAAAAGAUGUUGUAUAUGUCAUUUGUAAAAUGCAAGUUGAGCAGAUGAUCAUCUACUAAGGAUCAUGGGAGACUGACUUAAGAGCUCUCGAUGGAAUGAAUAAUGUUCA